AUGACAAUAAAGAGUAUUGUAUUGUAUUGUAUUGUAUCAUAUCGCAUCGUAUCAUAUAGUAUCGUAUCAUCUGUCUUACAAAUCUCAGGUCACAUAAAUAUUGGACUUUGCACACACCGGGCUGGGCCUUGCUCAGGUUAACUUCAAAGCUUCUUCACAAUGCCUACCAGUUAUAUUUAAUUGGAAAGCAUCUUUCAUGAGUCACUGAGGAAGAUGCUUCCUGAGAAUUUUCUUGUAAGGCAGUUCAAAUGUACACACUGCUGUGUUAAAAUGUUGUGCAUUCUUUUGAGUCAUCCUAGAACACAGGUGCUAUAUAAGAAGAAUUCUGAAGCUUGCAAACCAACAGCCAUGGAUAAAUUUCAUGUCCAGAGUGUUCUAGUGACAGGAUCCAAUCAGGGGAUUGGCCUGGGACUUGUCAGCCAGUUCCUGAUGAAGCCAAACCCGCCAGAGUGGGUGUUUGCCACCAGUCUGGAUCCUGAAGGACCUAAUGGGAAGAAGUUGAAAAAGCUGGCUCUGCGACAUCCAAACCUGGUGGUGCUACAGUUAGAUAUCCGAGAUCUGAAGAGCAUUGAGGCUGCUGUGCAGAGAGUUGAGGAGCACGUCAAAGAAAAUGGCCUGACAUUGCUAAUUAACAAUGCUGCCAUUUUGGUCAAGUUUACCCACUUGGCUAAUGAAACAGCCAAGAACAUGUCCGACCUGUACAACACAAACACUGUGGGAACCUUGCAAGUCAGUCAGGCCUUCUUGCCCUUGCUGAAGGUUGCUGCCCAAAGACGCCUCCAAGAAGGGCUGAGCUGCAGCAAGGCAAGCAUUGUCAACAUAGCCAGUGACUUUGGCUCUCUGGAGAAAAUGGCUGGAUGGGGCCUCUCUCAAGUCAUCUCCUACCGCUGCAGCAAGGCUGCUGUGAACAUGCUGACCAGGUGCCAGUCCUUGGAGUAUGGUCCGUUGGGGAUCCUUUGCAUCUCCAUCCACCCUGGCUGGGUGAAAACUUCCAUGGGGACAUGUCUGGUCCCAACUACAGUGAGUGAGAGUUGCAGUGGGAUCUUGAAAGUGCUUUCUGCUGUCACUGACAAAGACUCAGGGUCUUUCAUUGACUGGAAAGGGCGUGUUGUUCCUUGGUGAGAAAACGAGUCACAAAUCAUGGGCCUCCAUCCAUCCAUCCAUCCGCUCCAUGAAGUCUGUGAUGGCAAUAAAACACAGAUAAAGCUAUGUGAACUUCCUGAGUUGCCCGCUUCCAUUUCUUUCUCGCUUGCUUGCUUGUUUCUGUUGUAUCUAGAAAUGCCUGUUGAUGCCAACUGAUAGAUCCCAUUUCAAGUUUGCAAGUUGUUUUCAGUUUGGUGGAGGGAAAGAACCGACUUGGCAACACAGCCCCACCUCCACUUGCUCCUUCUUCAAAGGAGAAGACCUUGUUGUCCCGCAGAGGAGGUGCAGGGUUCCCUUUCUCUUCAUCCAGCUGCUCUUGGUGGCUGCAGAUUUUCUACCCAUCAAGAGUAGCAACUGCACACUCAUCCUGAAUAGGCUGUCCGGGGCAAGCCGUCCUUUGGGGGCACAGCUGUUUUAGCCUCUGGGUUGAAGUUCAGCCUUGCUCAGAAAUCUCCCCUGCGUUGAAGUAAUGGCAUUCACACCUAUUUUAAGAAUACAGAAACUGUCUAUAAUGAAUAACACCAAUCCAUUAAUGCCAAGCCAUUUAUUCAGUGGAUGGCGGAAGCUCAUUCAGAAACCUUCAAGCAGUGUUUUCCAUAUACAUCACAUAAUGCCUUAUGUGAUUUACACAGUAUAUAUAGAGAGAGACAAAAACUGAUAAAACAAUAAGGUUUAUUAUUCAGAUAAAGGGUAAGGGAAUGAGUUACCGUAUUUUUCGCUCUAUAAGACGCACCAGACCAUAAGACGCACCUAG